UCUAUUCCGUUUUCAUAUUGAUAUUGCUAUUAUUGUUAGUCUUUUGAGGUUCGGCUAUGGUCAUUCCUACAGCCGCAACUCGAUAAGCCGACGCUAGCAUUAGCUCCCCUGCGUCACGCGAACACCAUCCGCUGGUUGAGCUUCAGCUUUCCUUAGUUCCCAUCCAAUAUCCUCAUCCUUCUCCUCACUCUUCCAAGGUCCUCGAAAAUAUCAAUAAACCUCAUUCUUGUUGCGCAUUUGCAGUGAUUAUUAUUAGUGUACUGUGGCAGUCGACCGGAUAAUGAGACCAGCGGCAGUCUCCCUGGGGUUGAUCGGCGGCAUCUCCGCCCUUGGAAUUCCCCUCCCCGAGACUCUGGAACAGCUACCACUGAGUGAUGCGCAGAAGCCUCUUGUGAGCUCUGAAGGGCUGCAGGCUCAGAUUCAUGUGAGCAACCUUCUCGAUAGGGCCAAAGUCCUGUAUAGCCUGGCAGAACGCGGAAUAGAUGAAUACAAUCAUCCGACUCGUGUGAUUGGCAGCAAGGGCCAUUGGGGGACGUUGGAUUAUAUUUACUCUACAAUUAUGGAACUAGGCGACUAUUACGACGUUACAAACCAAUCCUUUCCUGCUGUUUCUGGCAAUGUUUUUGAAUCUCGCCUCGUCCUUGGCCACGAGGUGCCAGCAUCAGCCCGUCCUAUGGGCUUAACCCCUCCCACCAAGAACAGAGAGCCAGUAUACGGCUCGCUAAUCCUUGUGUCGAACGAAGGAUGCGACAAGGCCGACUAUCCUUCUGAGCUCGCUGGGGCAAUUGCCUUGAUCCAACGCGGUACCUGUCCUUUCGGUACCAAAUCAGAACUAGCUGGCAAAGCAGGCGCAGUUGCCGCGGUAGUAUACAAUAACGAGCAUGGUGAAGUUAGCGGAACGUUGGGAACCCCAUCACCUUACCACGUUGCUACUUUCGGCAUAUCUGAUACUGACGCCGCACCCUACGUCCAGCAAUUGAAGGAGGGAAAGAAGGUCGAUUCGAUUGCUUACAUCGAUGCAACAGUUGACACUAUUUAUACAACCAACAUUAUUGCGCAGACGAGGCGAGGGGACCCUGAAAACUGUGUAAUGCUCGGAGGUCACAGUGACAGCGUCGCGGAAGGACCUGGUAUCAAUGACGACGGCUCUGGCACUCUGACCCUUCUGGAAGUUGCGACUCAACUUAGCAAAUACGACGUAAACAACUGUGUACGCUUCGCUUGGUGGGCGGCUGAGGAGGAGGGUCUGUUGGGCUCCGACUAUUAUGUAUCUGUUCUCAGCGAAGAGGAGAACCUGAAGAUUCGUCUCUUCAUGGAUUAUGACAUGCUGGCUUCGCCCAAUUUCGCCUAUCAAGUCUACAAUGCUACGAAUGAGGUUAACCCUGUUGGAUCCGAAGAGCUACGUGAUCUUUACACCGAGUUCUACACUUCUCAUGGGCUCAACUUCACAUACAUUCCGUUCGAUGGGAGGAGUGAUUACGAUGGUUUCAUUCGAAACGGCAUUCCAGGCGGCGGUAUCGCUACUGGUGCGGAAGGUGUGAAGACCGACGAGGAGCAGGAGAUGUUUGGGGGAAUUGCAGGCAACUGGUAUGAUCCAUGCUAUCAUCAGUUGUGCGAUGACCUCGGAAACGUCAACGCAACUGCUUGGGAGGUCAAUAGCAAGCUGGUCGCCCACACUGUUGCCACCUACGCAGUGUCGUUUGAAGGAUUCCCAAAGCGGACAACUACCAAUGUUAAGUCCGUCGACCUCGAGAAGCGCAAGUAUCACGGCCCUAAGCUACUCAUGUAAUAUAAGCAUGCCGACUGUCAAACAGCUGGAUGCUGAGAUAAGU